CUUUCCGAGCCUGACUGGGGUGGUUUCCCGCCGACUUAGUUUCGAUGAAGCACAGGCAAGAAAGGAAAGGUGAAAGGUCAAAAAGAUGGCGCUGACCGCUCGUCGGCUGUUUUAUCGGCCGCUGCCCGGCGUAGUCCUCCGACCCUGGAUUCCCAGUGCAGCCGAAGUGAGGCCACCGUUGGCUGGACUUUGCUGCUGCUGCCGCCGCCGCUUCGGGUCGGGAACAACCCCAUUUUCUCGUAGCACUUGGCCCGAGGCAGCCUUGGUGCCGUCUGCUUGGGGGCCCCGGCGCCCCACGCUCUUCCCUGCGAGACUCCCCGCAGCCCUCCUGGCUUUCGGUGCCUGUCCUCGUCGCAGCUACAGCACAGAAGAGCAGCCCCAGCCGCGACAGAAAACAAAAAUGAUCAUUUUGGGGUUCUCCAACCCAGUCAACUGGGUUCGGACUCGAAUCUACGCCUUUCUAAUCUGGGCCUAUUUCGACAAAGACUUCAGCAUCGCAGAAUUCUCCGAAGGAGCGAAGCAGGCUUUUGCACAUGUGUCCCAGUUGCUGUCACAGUGUAAAUUUGAUCUGUUAGAAGAACUGGUAGCCAAAGAGGUACUGCCUGUAUUGAAAGAAAAAGUUACUUCACUACCUGACAACCAUAAAAAUGCCCUUGCUGCUGAUAUAGAUGAGAUUGUGUACACAUCAACAGGAGACAUCUCCAUUUACUAUGAUGAGAAAGGAAGGAAGUUUGUUAACAUCCUGAUGUGCUUUUGGUAUCUAACCAGUGCCAACAUCCCCAGUGAAACUAUAAGUGGAGCCAGUGUAUUCCAGGUUAAGUUGGGGGAUCAGAAUGUGGAAACUAAACAACUUCUUAGUGCAAGCUAUGAAUUUCAGAGGGAGUUUACGCAAGGAGUAAAGCCUGACUGGAUCAUUGCUCGUAUUGAACACUCAAAGUUAUUGGAAUAAUCCUUCUUGGAAAAACCAGCUUACUGGACUAUAAGCACUGCUCUGGCUGUUCUGUUCUUUUGCAGAGAGAAACUAAGGAAGAAAUUUUUUGGAUCAGUUGAUCUUCACUUACAUAAGUCUGUGAAUUACUUUUCUAUUUUGAAAUAUUCCUUGUAGUAUAUUGACAUGAUCCAAUAAAACUUUUCCACCUACAACAGCACAUUGUUGGUGUCAUAUGCAUUGUCAUUUCUAAUGUUGCACAUGGAGGAGAUGUUAUA